CACGAAAUCAGAGUCGAACAAGAGCGAAACCCUAACUAGUUUCAGAUCAUGUCGCCGAACCUGAGAUGUGCCGUUGCACAGGUAAAAUCAAGAAAUUUACAGGGAUGGAGAUCGAUCGGGUCUCGCCGCAAUUUCGGUUCAUCGACUGAGUACAUGGGAUCAGAAGGCGGGCGAGGUUUUGCACUGAUUACGGGAUAUCUCUUUGGUUUAGCUGUGCUGGAUCGGCCUAACAAGGCGGUUGCUGAAGCUGCUAAGCGAAUGGAAGAGGAUAUGAAUAAAAUGAAGACAAGAGAAGAGCUAUUAGCUGAAGAGAGAGAUUACAAGCGUCGGAGAAUGUCAUACCGUGGUAAGAAGGUGAAACGAACGCCUAGACAGGUAUAAAUGUCUAUUUAAAAAACAUAAUUUAUUAACGUUCACUUCUUAAAUUUAUUUAUAUGAAAAAAAUACAAGCAAUGAGAAUUAGGUGACGUGUGACAAAAGAAAGCUAUGUAUUUCAAGAAGAAACCAAAGACAUCACUCUUUUGAAACUCUGGUGACGAAGACGAUGAGGAGAGCCAUUAAUCUUCUCGUCAGAACCAUCAAUGGCUAAUCCUCGACCGCUAAAACACAAAUACCUGUUCAUAAAAGAUGUCUGUUUCUUCAUGGCAGGUGUUUUUCUCUCCAAUUCGGAAGAAACCGUCUGAAACGGGGACGAGCAAGCCGAAGACGGCGUUCGAGAGUAAUCGGAAGCCACCGGAGGCGAAAACACAAACCUCGGAGAUUUCUGAACCACCACCCCUUUCAUUAACCCUUCUGUGAAUUUCAAUCUCACCGAUAAACUCGGGAGAUCGCCGCUCUCUGUUCUCAGCGGAAACGCUCUUCCUCUGUUACGAGACGGCGAUCGCGUUCUCGAAUACAUCUCUCUGAGAGGAACACGACGACUAUUGUUAUCUCCGGAGAAGCGGCGAUUGUCCUCUGACUCUUCUUUCUUCGCCCACCGUAAGAGAAGCUUAAGACGCGCUCCUGUACCACCGCCGCCUCGGCGUUUGCGUUUCGAAUGCGUCGAUAUUUCGGUCGAGCACUCACUGAUUCCAUCAAAACUCUCUCUUUCUGGGCUUAAUUCAGCGUUUGCGAUGUUAUGAUCUGUUCUCGCCGCCGUGAAUAGAAAUAUCUCAGAAUCAGAUACCUCAAACGAAGUUCCUGGACUGCCGCAGAAUCCGUAACGCUCUUCUCGAAACCGUAACACCUUUUCACCGCCGUCGUUGGAUCGCCCACCGGAGGAUUUAAGCCGUUUGAUCAAUAAAACAGAAACCGGCGUUCUCGGCGUUUGCCGCUCAAGCAAAUCAACGGCAGUCAAUCCAUCUGAAUCAACAACGUUGAGAUCAACGCCAGGGAUUCUCAGCAGUACCUCAACGACGUCAGGUCUAACGGUGUUAAGAACAUCCAUCACGGCCAAGUGAACCACGGUUCUUCCGUUACCGUUUCUAACGUUGACUAUGUCAGAAAAGUCAACAGACCAGCUUCCUCCUCCUGAGGUUAACUUCUUCAGAAGCUCCAUCUGCCGGUCCAACCGCUUAAACCCGGACGCUGCAAAACCAGACACGACCAUGUGAAGAAACGUGUCACCUUCAUUGUUAACAACGGAGAUCAACGGUGGAGAUUCGUUUAUGAGAGCCUCCACUACAGCUAAAUGACCCUUGUAAGCAGCGAUAUGUAAAGCUGUGUUUCCUUGGCCGUCUUUCACCUCCAUUAUCGAAUCAUGCUUCGAUACAAGAUAUUUCACCACUUGGAUUUGACCUCUGCUAGAGGCAGAAUGUAACAGAGUGGAACCGUAAGCAUCCCUGAGUCCCGAAACGGCAUCGUAUUUUCCUGAGAGUAAAAAUUCCUCGAGGAUUGCCACGUGUCCGCCUCUAGCUGCACUGUGGACCCCUCUUUUAACCAUCUCCUCCUUUACUAUUAACUGUUUCUCCGUUAGUUUCUCUCCGUCUGUUUCUUCGACGCCGGCGAUAUCAGCCGGCAACAAAGCGAAGUCAAGGAGAAGACGAAAAACGUCGUCGUUUCUACCUCUCGCCGCCGCGUAGAGAAUAUCCGUGACGCCGUAUUCUCCUUCCCCGAACACGAGAAGCGGAUCUCUCUCCAGAAGCUUCUUAACGAAUUCCAAAUCUCCGGCGGAAGCAGCCGUGUAGAGCAACCAGCCACCGUAUCCCGCUCUGAUGAGGGAGUUGUCUCCGUUUCCGAUUUCGCACUCUUCCAAUAACCUCCUCGCGACGCGGGAGCGGUUUAGCGCCACGUGGCAUUUAUCUCCGUCUCCGUCAUCCCAGACGGUUUCGAGGCGGCGGAUACGGCGGAGAGAAGUGAGUUUGACGAGGAGGUUCGUGUCUUGGUGAAGAAGCUCGAUGACGACGUCGUAUAGUCCAUUCGCGGCGGCGCAAUCGAUUGGUGAAGCGUACCACCACUGGUCCCCGGUGCUUUCCCACCGGAGAGGAAAUAUCGGCGGUGGCAUUUUCUCUACCCGGUUUAGAUAAUUAACCGGGUCUUCUACGGUUUUUGCAGACCAAAAUGAAAGAACCUCAAAGAAAACAGAGCAUUUGUAGGGGAAAUCUCAAGAAAACAGAGGAAGAAGAUUACAAAGAUGAAUUUGAAUGGUUUAAAAUUAAUGGAGACUUUUUACAAUGAACACAAAGCGAUGAAGCAGAAGACAACAAAAGGGAGAAGCCUUGAAGAUUGUGUUGUUGUGGCGAAGACAGAAACUUUUGCGUGUUUUCACCAGAAAAAUAUUGAAAUUUUUUUUUUGGGCGCAUCGAAAAAUAUAUUGAUUCCAUUCCCGUGAGUGGACCAUAUAUCCGACGGGAUUUUAUCUUUUG